AUGCAGCAUUGCCUUCAAUACCUAGGCUGCUUCUUCGCCUUCUUCUCUGCCGGGUUCCUGAUCGCAGCCACCUGGACGGACUGCUGGAUGGUGAAUACCGAUGACUCCCUGGAGGUGAGUGCCACGUGCCGUGGCCUGUGGUGGGAGUGCGUCACCAACGCGUUCGACGGGAUAACCACUUGUGAUGAAUACGACUCCAUCUUUGCCGAGCACCCAGUGAAACUGGUCCUGACCCGAGUGAUGCUGAUCACAGCUGACAUCCUGGCCGGCCUGGCAUUCACCUUCCUCCUUCUGGGCCUUGACUGUGUGAAAUUCCUAACAGAGGAGCCCCGGACCAAAACCCGCAUCUGCUUCAUCUCUGGAUUGAUGCUUCUUGUUGGAGGUAUCCCCGGCCUCAUUGGCUCAGUCUGGUAUGCCGUCGGCAUCUACGUGGAGCGCUCCACCCUGGUUCUGCACAAUGUCUUUGUGGGCAUCCAGUACAAAUUUGGGUGGUCGUGUUGGCUAGGCCUGAGCGGUGCUCUGGGAUGCUUUUUAUCUGGUAGUCUGUUAACCUGCUGCAUGCAGCUCUUUGGAGGUGUCGGAUCCGGCAGGUACUCUUCCUGCAGCUCCUUGCGGAAGGCUCACGCCCCUCCUGGAACAAAGGCAGCCAGCCUGUCCCACCCAUCCUGGCAGACGCCCACCGCCAAAAUGUACGCGAUGGACACCCGCGUGUGA